CUCGCCCCGGUGUCUCUCUCCGAAACAGAAACGGAGGAAAACAAACCAAACGUGAACCGGGAACGUAUAAUAGCUAUGACUGGACUAACUGGUUUCUAAAACUUGUUAAGUACAUUAUAUGCCGCAGGGACAGUAACAUUAGCGGUAUCUUCGCGCACCAGCACGCUUAACAACUGGUGACAACAACAAAAACCAACAAACUGCGAACUUAGCGCUAGCUGAAAGAAGAAGAAGAAGCUAACCACAGUAGACCAUCUUGGCGCGAUUUUGAUGAAGAGCAUUAAUUAACUUACAUUAUCAACGACAUGGACUGCAGCACAGCUGACGUGGCCAGCGAUCUGGUACACGACUCCCCAGGGAAGAGCGGCUCCUGCUCUGAUGAUGACGAGGUGCCUCUAUCGAAGCUCGUUAAGAAGCCACGCAGGGAGGCGAAACAGUCACGUGGAAAUGGGCACAGAUCCAGCACUAUUUCAUCAAAGGACAAAAGUGGUUCGGAUGUCUCUUCAGAUGACGAGCCUCUGAUAAAAAAGAAAACAGCCUCUGCUGCACCAGCUAAGAAACAAGAGAAAAAAGGCAACAAGUCAAUCAGAUCUAAUGGCACAAAUGACAAGAAAGCAGAUAUGAACUCAGAUGAUAGCUCUGACAAUGAGCCGCUUAUAAAAAAUGCCAAAAAGUCCCCUAAAGCUGCAAAGAAGCCUUCCUCAGGGCCUCCAAAAAAAUCUGUGGAUUCAAAGAAGAAAGAAUCCCUGGAUGACAAUAACAGCUCGGACGACGAGCCUUUGAGCGAACUGUGCAAGAAAAUUUACCCGAAGCGAAAGGCCUCUGGGAUUCCGCCUAGAAAAGCGACGCCAGUAAUAAAAUCCAAAAGGAACGCAGGGAGGGAAAAGGUUAAAUAUGCAGAGUCUUCCAGUGAGGAGUCCGAUGAUGAACCACUGGCAACAUUGGUGAAAAAGAAGUCGCAAGCUCCUAAAGAGCAAAAAACUUCAGCAAACAGAGAGAAAAUAAAACCUAAAGGCAAAUCAAGAAAAGACCUUUCGUCCUCAGACAGCAGCUCAGAUGACGACAACGACGAUAACGACGACGACGACGACGCCAGCGACGACGACGUACCCUUGGUGAAGCUCAUUGCCAAGAAGAAGAAACCAGAGAAGGAAAACACAAAGAAGGCAACUGCGUCGCCAGGCAGAGCGUCGAGAAAGAGACGAGGACUCUCUGACGAAAGUUCAGAUGACGAACCCUUGAUUAAUAUUGUGAAAAAGAAACGCACAGACAAACGAACGCAAAACAAACCGAAGGCUUCACCUUCAAAGAAGAAAAACACAACUCCCAAAAAGUCAAGAAAGACGCCUGAGUCAGUGUCGUCAAGCAACAGCUCAGACGAUGAGCCCUUAACCAAGGCAGCCAAACACCCACAAGUGACCAAAAUCCUGAACAUAAUACUAGAGAGGUGUGAUGGUGAAGAAGCUGGGGACGCAGGGAGCCUGGACAAAACCAGUAAAGAAACACAGAUUGAUGAGAAGACGAGGGAGGAGUCGGAGGAAUCACCAGAAGAAGAAUAGGCAGUAAAAAUUUAAGCUGGAAAGGAAAGUUGAAAGCACCUAGUGGCUACAAGUUUAAAGGACUUCCUGAAGUUUAAAUCCCUUGGAGAGGCACCUCCUAAAAAAAGAAAAAAAAAAAUUACACUUAGUGUUCAUGUUAAGUGUCUUUUAUAUACAGUGCAUACAUGUUAAUUUAAGGUGAUGAUAUUUUUACUAUCGUUUUUAAGUUUGGGACCAGAUUUUGUAGUUUCCCAAAAGAUUUUAUGCACAGUCUUUGAUGUUAUUUCACUAUUUGUGCCUAUUGUUUGCAUUGUCGGUCUUCUCUGGCUUUAAUAUUUUUUUUGAAAACAAAAAAUAAUUUAACGCUCAUUGAUAUUAAGUUACAUCUCUGCUUUCAUAUGAACUGUACUCUCAGCAUGCCCCAGGGAAAAUCUGUUGUGUUGGAUUAAACUGCUUUCA